AUGGGGCUCAGACUCCUCGCCCUCCUCUCACAGGUGGUGCUACUGCUAACAUGCGCACUGUGCAAUAAAAGCAUAAUAGAACUGAAUUAUCAAAUAAACACCCACGCUGGGGAAAACGCAAAAUGGAACCAACUAGGACAAUUCGUAUUGAACAAAAAUCAAAUUUUCAACACCUCAAAUGCGUAUGAACAGGAGAAGGAUAAACUCAUUGAGCAAUUAAAAAGACCAAAUUUUGACUACGUCCUAUUUCAAUUAUGUGAUGAUGCAGAUGAGAAGACGUGCAUACAAACAUAUGUAGGAAAAAAAAAAAAUUCAAAACGAUUAAAUAAUAACUACUUACCCUACAUUUUAAACUACAGAACGAGUGAAGAGUUGGAAGAAGACACGCAAAUAUUCUCGGGCAUGCUGGCCGUUAAAGUUUUGUCCGUGUCUGUACCUAUCACCAUGGCUAACUUGAAAACGGAGGAGAAUGUUGCCAAGCCAAAGGCCAAGUCGAAUGAGCAACCUAAGAAGGAGAAGCCGAAAUCUUUUAUUCGCAAGUACUGGAUUUAUGUGGCCAUAUUUUUCUUAUCCAUGUCUAUAUCGAGGCACUUCACGGACGGUAUGCAGCAGGGAGGAGGACAGGUGAGAGGACCUGCCCCCAGUGGAUAG